GAGUGAUGGUGGUGAGGAGGAGGUGUGUGUGUGUGUGUGUGUGUGUGUGUGUGUGUGGAGGUGGUGUUUGUGUGUGUGUGUGGAGGUGGUGUGUGUGUGUGUGUGUGGAGGUGGUGUUUGUGUGUGUGUGUGUGUGUGUGUGGAGGUGGUGUUUGUGUGUGUGUGUGUGUGUGUGUGUGUGGAGGUGGUGUUUGUGUGUGUGUGUGUGUGGAGGUGGUGUUUGUGUGUGUGUGUGUGGAGGUGGUGUGUGUGUGUGGAGGUGGUGUUUGUGUGUGUGUGUGUGUGUGUGUGGAGGUGGUGUUUGUGUGUGUGUGUGUGUGUGUGUGUGUGUGUGUGUGUGUGUGUGUGUGUGUGUGGAGGUGGUGUUUGUGUGUGUGUGUGGAGGUGGUGUUUGUGUGUGUGUGUGUGGAGGUGGUGUGUGUGUGUGUGUGUGUGUGUGUGUGAGAGAGAGAGAGGAGGUGGUGUUUGUGAGUGUGUGUGUGGAGGUGGUGUGUGUGUGUGUGUGUGUGUGUGUGUGUGUGUGUGUGAGAGAGAGAGAGAGAGGAGGUGGUGUUUGUGAGUGUGUGUGUGGAGGUGGUGUGUGUGUGUGUGGAGGUGAUGUGUGUGUGUGUGUGAGAGAGAGAGAGAGGAGGUGGUGUUUGUGUGUGUGUGUGUGUGUGUGUGUGUGUGUGUGUGUGUGUGUGUGUGUGUGUGAGAGAGAGAGAGAGAGAGAGGAGGUGGUGUGUGUGUGUGUGUGUGUGUGUGUGUGUGUGUGUGUGUGUGUGUGUGUGUGUGAGAGAGAGAGAGGAGGUGGUGUGUGUGUGUGUGUGAGGAGGUGGUGUGUGUGUGAGUGUGUGUGUGAGAGAGAGGAGGUGGUGUUUGCAGUUGUGUACGUGUUUAUCUAUACCGGUGGGGACUUUGACCUACUCCACGCUAUCUCAGUGGGGACUUGUGUCACGGUGGGGACCAAAAAUGAGGUACAGGGGGAAACAGUGUUUUCUUGGCCAUGUUGUUGUAACUGAAAAAAGUAAAAGUGCAAAAAAGUUUCUUCAGGGUUAGGCAUUGUUGGUUAAGGUUAGGAUUAGGGUUAGGGGUUAGAUAUGAAUGGGAGUCAAUGGUAGGUCCCCACGGGGAUAUAAGAACCAGACGUGUGUGUGUGUGUGAGGAGGUGGUGUUUGCAGCUGUGUGUGUGUGUGUGUGUGUGUGUGUGGUGAGGAGAGGACUGGAGGAGGUCUAUCACCGCAAACGUGCCGACUAGCGAGUGAGACGGUGUUGAUUAGCUUCAUGCUAACAGCUGGAGCUGCACGAUACGACUGUAUUUCAUUCUACUGUAAUGUAAAAAGUAACUUACCAGCUGCAGGAUCAGGGAUCGACUGAUGUGACUUUUUUAGGGCCGAUAUCGAUGCCAGAUAUCGGUAAUCAAGAAAGAUGGACAACCGAUAUUGGACCUGGGUGACUCCAAACUUUUGAACAGUAGUGUAUGUGCUAGCCGUUAGCGUAGCUUUAAGCGUUGUGAAAAAUGUAAAUUACCUGGUUUGGUUUCACAACUUUUUCCUUGUUCAGUUUUUGUGGGUUUUGCAGCAGACCCAGUGCAGUACAUUUAACCUAUCAAUACAGGAAGUCCUCAGUUUAAGGCAUCCUCGACCUAUGGAGUUACAUGGAACUGGAUACGUAGAACUAGUUGACGAGCGGAGCAGAUGAAUACGUCGUCCCGCGGCACUAUAAGACGGCUUUGUUUCCAUUCUCCGGUUGUACUCCACCUUGGAUUGUGCUACAUUCGCUAACUUUUUGCCUUCAUUAUAUCUCCAAGCAUCAGUCAGACUCUUGUGAUGGAAUUCUGACUCAUGGCAAUAAUCUGCUUUCAUCAAUCUGUGGGGACAGAAAUCUGAUAGAAGUCGAGGACCUCCUGUAAUCGAAUAAUUAAAUAAACAAUACAGAUAAUUGUGGAAAAAGUGCCAGAUAUUGGCCUGAUAUCUGGUCUGUCUCCGUCUGUUUAAAGCUCUGCCUGCUGCUGCACUUGUUCACCGCCCAGACCGGACGUCUGUCGUCCGUCUGUCGUGUUCUCUCUUGUUUGCAAACAGCGACUUCUCACUUGUCAGUCCUCGUUAAUAAAGUGGACAGUCAGAGUUUGGCCGUCUGUAGCUGCAGAAUCUUCCACCGUCGCUUCUCACUUCCUGUUUUCCUGUGGCUCCGGGACGUUAACUAGCGGCGGUGCUACGUAGCAGAUCGUGUUUUUAAUGCCUCCUUUGGUGACUGUUAAUUGGUAUCGUGUCUUUCACAUCAGGGAUUCUCUGCCGUUUGGAGCCGUUCUCAUUUGGUUUAGUUGCUUUUUUUCUCGCUUUGGACGGGAUUCAGAUUGUUCAGAGGCUUUGUGUUGCUCGAUUGAAACAGUAAAACAAAUUAAUCGCCUCGUGUGGUGACAAAAACUGCUGCUGACAGCGAAACAAGUCGUAGCAAAACAAGUCGUAGCAUCACGUUGGAGCUGCUUCACAUCCCGACAUGGACGCUCAGACAGUAGAACCGUCCUAACUAGUGCUGAGGUUGAUUUGUUUUCUGAUUAAUCCAUCAGUUUGGUCGAUAAAAUGUCAGAACAUUGUGAAAAUAAUUUUGUAAAUAGCGUUUUUCUGUGUAAGACAUCCGGAUGCUUCCUCCUGCUGACGUAAAUGGUCAGACUAAUUCGCCGCCUUGUGGAUUAGUGGUGAUUUUCCCAUGCAGCUCAUUUCUUUUUGCAACCAGAUCUUCGUUUUCAGCGUUUCUCUUCUGCUCCUGAUCAUUUUUGCAUCAUCCCAGUCUCCACAAAACUACAUUCCGAUUCAACUAAACUGAAUUCUUGAUUCCAUUUUAAAGGGAGCAUUAUUUUAUAGAGUUUUAAACUAACUUUGGAUUAGUUUCAAGGCAUUUUAGACAGUUUUUAAAAUAAUUUUGGAUUAGUUUGAAGACAUUUUGGACAGUUUUAAAUUUUGGAUUAGUUUUAAAACAUUUUGACAGUUUAAAAGUAAUUCUGGAUUAGUUUUAAGACCUUUAAGAUGGUUUCAGAGUUGUAAUGUGUAAAUGAUAAACUGAGGCUGAAUGUUGUUCAUAAUGUUUAGUAAAAGAUAGCUCCUUAAAUGUGAACUUUGUGCACUAAAACAUAGGAAAAAUGUGGAGUUGUGGUUAUUUUAGAUGAUUCUGCUGUGAUUUUACUGCUCCGGUCCACUGGAGAUCAAACUGGACUGAACUAGAAUGUGUUUGGAAUCACCAGUUAAGCUCAGCAUGUUUUUACUCUGUGGGAGGAAGCUGGAGACUCCAUGCAGAAAUAUCCCAGGAAGGCCAGGACUCGGACCUUCUCGCUGCAAGGCGACGGUGCUAACCACCAAUCCACUGUGCAGCGCAGUACAUGGUACAGAUGUGCACAGCUGUCUCUGCAGCAGCCUGUUGGGAGGCUCCAGACCGACUCUUAGCACAGCAGGAUGAGGUGUUUACAGUGCGUUCGUAUCAUGCAGCUCCACUGUACUCUGAAGCGUUGUGGACCAGCGGGACACAAAGGCAGAGCUGCUCGUACUGUCGUGAACAACUCACCGUGUCACAAUGUCGCACAUCGUCCGUGUGAAGAGAAGCUUUGGGAGGCGCUGGUGGGAUGGAGGGGGAUCUGAAGGUCAGGGUGGCUGAUCUGCAGAAAGUCUGCGCCGUUUGAUCUGUAAAUGGCAGCGACUGGGGCCGAGGCCGGGCCUGUGAUGUUCCUAGAGGGAGGCAGUGAGCAGACAUGGGUAUAAGAGUGAGUAAGGGCAUCUGUGUGUGACGUGGUUGUGUGUGAAUCGCAGCGAGCCGGCGCCACAUUUCAUCACCAAACGCACCAAACGCAGAGGAAAGCAACAAAAAGCGUUGCGUCUGCAAACAACCACUUUAACCCACUGAGGAACUGAGAGAAAAUGACAAAAACUAAACAGAAAAUGAGAAAAACAAGACACAAAAUGACAAAAACAAGACACAAAACAGCGCUCGAUUUAGACCGUCGCUAGUUUGCCGCGAGCGCCGUGAAUGAUAGGAGGUAUCAUGUUUACUUCAUGGAAGCAGCCACUUUGUAUGAUGUCAUCAACCUCCUAUCAUUCCCGGCGCUCGCGGCGACCUAGCGACCGUCUAAAUCAAGCGCUGCAAAAUGACAAAAACAAGACACUAAAGGACUGGUAGCACUUCUAUGAACUCGUCCUUUAGGCACACUCCCUCCUACAGAAGCUGUUGUAGGCCCACGGCGGCGCUAACGCUGCAGCAU